AUGAAAGAGAAGCGCACUGGCGGAACUUCUCACCAAGCUGGAAGGUUAAAAAAUGCCCGGCGUAUCUCAGAAGAGGGUAUCAUGAACGCAAAUGUUCUAUCCUUUGAGGUUUUUGUGGACAACUUUAUUGAAGUGGGCUUUUGUGCUCAGUCUCGUGCGUUUGCACACGCUCACUUGACUCCGAAGAAUCGCGCAGAGAUUGAUAGAAUAGUCAAACGGAUACGGCCGUACCAUGGCAUACUACUCUUGGAAGACGUUUGGCCAAGUCCUGAUGCUAAUCCGUCAGUAACAUUGCUUUUAAAGCACUGCGAAGCGGACAGAUCUAUUUUAGAUAUGUCGACUGCUUCAGAAAUACCUCUACUUCAGGUAAUUGAACUGAACGGACCACAACACAGGGUAGAAAACUGGCUUCCGUUGCGUGUAUUAUGA